GACAAGUCGCGUCUCGUUCGUGGCUCCACACGGCACAAGCAGCUCCACACAGCUUUAUUAAUUGCAAAUUAGCUGAAAAUAUAUUUUUGUUGUUGCGCUUUUGGAAUUUUCUGGCGCUAUUGUAAACUUACAACAACACCUAAAAAACAUAAAAGUAAAGUGUCACGGAAGUAAGGCAUAUAUUUGUCUUGUCGCAUUUCACCUAGUGUGUCCGCGGUAUAUAAACCCAGUGUCGCUUGGCGGUUCGCUUUAAUUACGAUUUUUUCGCUGCAAUUGCGGAAGUGUUUCGGUGUCUAAAGAAGAAAUUAAAAAUUAUUAAAAGAAAAUAACUAAAUAAAAUUAGCGCAAACAUGAAGUUAAGCCAAAUCAUCUCACUAUCGCUCAUACCAACGUUGUAUGUGUUGUUUGUGUUAUUGUUGGAAUUCGUGGAAGAUGCUGUGGCACAAAAUCCUGACCCACUUUUCCAGCUGCCCGUGCAGUUGGUGGGCUUUCCGGUUAUCGUUUUGUCCGUACGCUUAUCGCAAUUCGCCAAAAAGCUGGCCUACUCGUUGAAUCCAAAUACCUAUCGUGCGCGCACCAAACGUGAUGCCACUACAUCGGCCGCUUACGAUGCUGAAUUGGCACAAAAAGAGAUUUUACGUGAGUUUGGACCACGUGCUUGCAUAUUGGAGGAACCUUGCCGGCUGCAUGCUUCACGGCCAGGUCGUUUCGGUACGCAACAGCAUCCAGCAUGGAAUGAGAUUUUGAGAAACUACAGAGUUCAAUCAACCGGCAUGAAACAGUGGUACCUGCUCUCACUCUUCAUCGGCGACGCCGUGCGCGAUGUGCCACUCUGCCGGCACCUGGCCAAGCGGCUGCCAUGUCCAGGCGUUGGACCAUUGCCGCCACCACAGCCACGUUAAGCGCCAAACACGUGUCAGUGGCCAAGCACAGACCUAAGUAAUGUCAAAACAGCACAGAGUUCUAGUGCGCGCCGAGUUAGUACUCGCAACGUCGGAGGUUUUCUGCGCUUUGGUGCGGCGAUUGUGCCACAAACCUCGGCCGUGGCACACAAUAGCGAACAAGUUCAUACUCACAAAAUAUUGUACAUAUUUAUAUAUUUUUUUUUUGCAUUACUACUGCCAAACGAAAGUCAACGCAUAACGAUACAUCACAUACACACAUAUUACUACUUUCAGUCAUUGUGGCAUCAUGUGAGCAGACACAGCUCGCCUGUGUUCCUUUUUCAUUCUUUAGCUCUUUUUACUUCCUUUUACCUUUUUCCUUUCUGCUUUUUAUUACCUUUUCGCAUUCGGCGCAUUUGUUUGGCAUGUUUACCAAGGUUUUUAAUUUUCAUGCCAACGCAAUUGUCAUGACAAGCGUGUUGUACUUGUAGAUUUAAAUAUAUAUAUACGAGUAUGUAUGUAUGCAUAUAUCGGAGGAAAAAUUGCAGCAAUCAACGAAGCGCUGGAGCGUUGAGAGAACGAAAUGCACGCGACAGACACAAAUUUAUAUUACGGUUACAUGCAUAUCUAUAUGUCGUUACCCGGUAGGAAAGUUUAAAGCUGCGACCAUUUCGGUGGUUCAGUAACCAAUAAAAUACACACCAUUUCUGCACAUGUGAACCUCUGGGGAUUAGGGUUUGCUGCUCAUCGACUCAAAUGAAUUGUUUUCGGAACCUGAGCAUGUGAUGAUGUGUUGGUGGGAUUUUUCUUUGCUGAGUUAUCAUUUUGGUGCCUGAAAGUCAGAUCCUUUCAUUUAUUUUAUGGACCUUCUACCGCUUUAUCACCAAAAUUACUUAACUCAAUUGAAAAAUAAAUCGCAUACUGAGUAGUCCUUGCCUUAAGAAAUAUAUGAGAUUGCACUAAAAAUCUGGUAAUAUUUUUGACAGUCGUAUUUGAGUGGGUAAAAUUUAUUUUGAACUGUAGGGUUUGAAUUCUGAAGUAGAACUGUUUACAAAAAUUAGUAAAAUCACAAAAUAUUAAUUUGAAACGGAUUUAUUACCUAUAUUUCAGGGUCAAUCUUUUUAGAGGAAAUUGAGCACACAAUUUUAUUAAUAAAAUGCAUCAGUUCAUAUUUCUGAAGUUCUAUACUUUCAUAAAGAUAAUGACAGCUUGAAGCACAACAAAAAUGCGAGUCCCAACAGUCAACCACAAACAAAUUGUAAGCUUAAGUUUAUUCCGUAAUAUCAGGUUGUCAAAAAAGUCUUGCGGUAUUUUCAGUAGUUGGCGCUGAGAGCGCGUAGUCCUAGUUUUAUUCGUCGC